GGGCCCGCGCACUUCCGCCCGGCGCCGUGACGUCACGGGCGGCUGCCGGUGUCCGGGGCGGGUGCGGCGCGGGAUGGAGCGGCUGGGGCAGCCCCGGUGGGGCCGCAGAGGCACCCGGCAGUAGGUGUGAGCUGAUCUAGCCUGGCUCCUGCAGUAGCCUGGCUUUCUGGUGUCUGAUGAUGAGUGUGACCCCGACCAGGGGAUGCCUCCUGGACCUGCCCUGGGAAGACAUCUUGGUUCCUCAUAUCCUCUCUCAUCUGCCACUGCAGCAGCUCCUGAGCCUGCAGAGGGUCAGCAAGUCAUUCCAGUCUCUCAUUCAGCUGUACCUGGCCAACAUGCGCUGCUUUGACUCAAGCCAGAUUGGACCUGCCAUCCCUCGAGCUGCUUUUGUUAACCUGUUGAAGGACAACGAAGUUCUGCAGCAGCUGGCACUCCAGAACUGCUCCGACUGGCUGACAGACCAGGAGCUGCUCCCAGUCAUCGGGCAGAACCACCACCUGCACCGGAUCCAGCUGAAGGGCUGCGCCCAGCUCAGCCGCCAUGCGCUGGUGGCCAUCUCACUGAGCUGCCCCAGCCUGCGCCAGCUCUCCCUGGCUCACUGUGAGUGGGUGGACAGCUUGUCCCUGCGCAGCCUGGCUGACCACUGCAAGGCGCUGGAGGCUGUGGACCUGACGGCCUGUCGCCAGCUGAAGGACGAGGCCAUCUGCUACCUGGUGCAGAAGUGCAGCAGGCUCAAGUCUCUGUCACUGGCUGUCAAUGCCAAUGUGGGUGACGUGGCAGUCGAGGAGACUGCCAAGUGCUGCCCAGAGCUGGAGCACUUGGACCUCACAGGGUGUCUGCGAGUCAAGAAUGACUCCAUCAGGGUCCUGGCUGAGUACUGUCCCAAGCUGCGCUCGCUGAAGGUCAAGCAUUGCCACAACGUGGCUGAGUCCAGCUUGAGCAUCCUCCGAAGCCGUGGGGUGGAGCUGGAUGUGGAGCCUCCGCUGCAGAGGGCUCUCGUUCUGCUGCAGGACGUGGUUGGCUUCGCCCCUUUCAUCAACCUUCAGAUCUAGAACUGCUGCUGCUGGGGAGGGGGGGACUGACAAUGCUGGGAUCCCAGAAGGAUGCCUGAACUGGCUGCUGUUGAGACGUGCAGAGGGAGAGGUCAGUCCCGUUGGUGAGGCUGGCCUGGGGCUCACUCUUUCCUCUGGGGCUGUUUAGCAGCCACUGAGUGUUCGUAAGUGGACUUCAUUGGUGCCUCUGGGGAAAGUAACUCCCUCUGCAGUGGCAUGGAAAGAGCGAGUGAUUUGCAGGAACACCAUGGUGCUGAACAGGCCUUGGUCAGGCCAACUAAUAGAUAGGAUUUAUUAUUUGUUGUAUUUUAAAUCUUUAAGCGGCAGCUGUCCAGAAAGCAGGGGAGUGUUUGAUGGGGACUGUCCCCUACGGUGGGUGUGCAGGGCAUGCCAGCAGAGCUGUGGAACAAAUCAGGCCAG